ACAACAACUUCCAUCUUUAUAAAGUUCAUCAUCUUGACUUCACUUCUCUAAAAGAGAGCAAAGAUGACCAUGCAAACACUCUGCUUCAUCACUCUCUUCAUAGCUAUCUCCAUCUCUCAAGCCACUUCUGCCUACAGACUCCAAUUCAACAACUUCGGUAUUAAUGGCUCUGAUCUCUUCUCGUUCCAUGGAGACGCAGAGUAUGGUCCCGACGCCGGUCGGAUGAGCCGGUCGGGUGCUCUCGGUUUGACCCAAUUCAGAAUUCCUUUCUCUCAUGGUCGAGCCAUUUACAUCAACCCAAUCACCUUCAAGCCUCCCAACAACGCCUCUUCUGUUUACCCUUUCACAACCUCUUUCACUUUCUCCAUCACUCCUCACAACACAAACCCUAUCCCUGGUCACGGUUUCGCCUUCCUCGUUGUCCCACGUAACCAAGACGACGCCGCUUCCGGUUUAGGCUACCUCAGUCUCGUGAACCGAACCAGUAACGGUAAUCCAAAUAACCAUCUCUUUGCGGUUGAGUUUGAUGUGUUUCAGGACAAGUAUCUUCACGACAUCAACGAUAACCAUGUCGGAAUCGACAUUAAUUCGGUCGACUCUGUGACUUCGGUUAAAUCCGGUUAUUGGGUUAUGACCAGAAGCGGUUGGUUGUUCAAGGAUUUGAAGCUGAGCAGUGGAGAUAAGUACACGGCUUGGAUCGAGUACAACAACAAUUUAAAAGUGAUCUCGGUUACGAUUGGUCUCGCGCAUUUAAAGAAACCGAACCGGCCUUUGAUUGAAGCUAAAUACGAUCUCUCCAGUGUUCUGCUCGAGAAAAUGUAUGCCGGUUUUGCCGGUUCAAUGGGCCGUGGUGUCGAGACCCACGAGGUCUGGGACUGGACUUUCCAGAAUUAGAAAACCGGGGGUUAUUUGAUUUGAGAUCGCUUUAAAUCGGUUUUCGUUUGGUUUGCUUUUGAUUUGAUAGCUUGUAAGUGUGGCUCCCGCUAAUAGUUGAAGCGAAAUAAAUGCUAAGCUAUCGGUUUUCAGAU